GGCAGCAACGACAACUCUAAUCGGUAAGUGUCUUGCUCGAUCUGAGUAUCAAUUGUUAUAAUUAAAGCAAUGCAGCCGGAGGAGGAGCAGGAAUGAGCGAAGUACUUGUUUGUCAUCCACUCGACACGAUUAAAGUUCGAAUGCAGCUAUCGCGGAGAGCCGGUCUUGGAAAAUCAUACCUGGGAAUUACGAGCACAGCUAUUGAUAUCAUAAGAAAGGAGUCACCUUUGGGAUUGUACAGAGGUUUGGGGACUGUUUUAGGUGGAAUAAUCCCCAAGAUGGCAAUUCGGUUUACCUCAUAUGAAUAUUACAAGCGACUACUGUCCGACCAAACGACAAUGGAAAUUUCACGGAAAGGGAUAUUUCUUGCUGGUCUGGCUGCUGGUAUCACAGAAGCUGUGACCGUUGUUAACCCCAUCGAAGUCAUCAAAAUUCGCCUACAAGCUCCGCAUAAAACCCCUACCGGCCAGAUAGCUCCUAAAUAUAGGAGUACCUUGCUUACCAUAACCACACUCAUCCGCGAAGAGGGUGUCGGUUUUCUCUACCGCGGUGUUACCCUUACCGCUCUGCGUCAGGGUACUAACCAGGCGGCUAACUUCACUGUUUACACUGAGCUAAAGACCAUUCUACAGCGCUUGCAGCCACAGUAUGCACAAAAGGGAGAGCUUCCGUCCUACCAGACUACAGUAAUUGGGCUUUUGUCUGGUGCAAUGGGUCCAUUUGCGAAUGCACCGAUUGACACAAUCAAGACUCGGCUACAACAGACCCCAGCGCUUCCUGGACAAAGCAGCCUAUCAGCGAUGACAGAAAUUGCCUCAGAUAUAAUUAAGAAAGAAGGAUUCCGAUCAUUUUACAAGGGUAUCACACCUCGAGUUAUGCGUGUGGCACCGGGGCAGGCGGUUACCUUCACCGUUUACGAGUUUCUCAAGAAUAAAAUUGAGAACGCGGACAUAAUGCGGCUAAGGCAAACGAUCUAAAUGGAUGAAAUUUGACGGAAUUUGACCGAAUUCAGGGUGUUGGUUUAAGCUUUAAUUUUUUCAUAUGGACGAGUUUUGAUGUAGAUAGGAUUUUGCAUUUGGACGUUAGGUUUCAAUUCGCAUCGCAAUUCAUACGACAUUGGUUAGAUUUAACUGAAAUACCAACUAUCCUUAUCAACAAAGUAAAUUUACGAACUGUCUACCUAGGAAUUGUAUUUUUC